AUCUGCAGGUGCAAUUGCAGUGCAGUGAUAGCAACGAUGCAGGUCGUGACGUAUCUGACCGUUUUAGUAUUCGGGAUCAGCCUGGGGGUCGGCGAGAUCAAGAACAAAGGAUGGUGGAAGAACAUGGUUUUUUAUCAAAUUUAUCCAAGGAGCUUUAUGGACGCGAACAAUGACGGUCUGGGGGACUUGGAAGGUAUGGGCGAGGUAUAACCAGUAAAUUGGAACACUUUGUGGAUGCUGGGAUCGGUGGAAUUUGGCUUUCGCCGAUCUACGCGAGUCCAAUGGUCGAUGCCGGUUACGAUAUUUCGGAUUUUAAGGAAAUUUACGAUAAAUUUGGUACAAUGGAGGACUUUGUGGAAUUGACCAGACGUGCUAAGGAAUUGGGUUUGAAAGUACUUCUUGAUCUCGUGCCGAAUCAUACGUCAGAUAAGCACGUGUGGUUUCAAAAGAGUUUGACAAAUGAUAAACAAUAUCGAGAUUACUAUAUUUGGCGCGAUGGUAAAAAAGUUGAUGGUGAAAUCGAAAAACCACCAAAUAAUUGGUUAAGUGUAUUUGGUGGACCUGGAUGGACUUAUCACAAUGAUAGUGAACAAUGGUACUUUCAUCAAUUUGCUCCAGAACAACCCGAUUUGAAUUAUACUAAUCCCAACGUGGUGAAGGAAAUGAGAGAUGUCGUUGAAUUCUGGUUGGACAAAGGUGUUGAUGGUUUCCGUGUGGAUGCUGUGCCUCAUAUUUUUGAAAGUAAUCAUUUCGAGGAUGAACCUUUAUCCAAUAUACCUGGUGUAACCGAAAAUGAGUAUGACUAUCUGGAGCAUAUAUAUACUAAAGACGACAUACGUACCUAUCAUCUGAUUCAAUCUUUCCGUAAUUUUUUGGACGAGUAUGCAAACUCAACGGAUACCGAUGAAAAGAUUAUGAUGACGGAGGCAUACACCAGCUUGAACAAUACUAUAAGUUUCUACGAUUACGGUUCCCACGUACCGUUCAACUUCAAAUUUAUCAGGGAUGUCGAUCGCAAUUCCGGUCCAGAUCGAUUCAAGCUCACCAUUGACACGUGGCUGAAUUCAUUAUCCGAAGAUAACAUAGCCAACUGGGUGAUGGGUAAUCAUGACAAUAGUCGCACCGCUACUCGCUACCCUGGUAGAGCAGAUCAGAUGACGAUGCUGGCAAUGAUCCUGCCAGGAGUGGCCGUGACGUAUAACGGCGAAGAGAUAGGCAUGCUGGACAAUUUUAACAUAUCCUUUGCUCAAUCCGAUGAUCCGCAAGGUUGCAAUCUCGGUGAAGAUCAUUAUCUCGAGAAAUCACGUGAUCCCGCCAGAACCCCUUUCCAAUGGGACGAUACCGUGAAUGGGGGAUUUAAUACCGGAAAUGAAACAUGGCUUCCGGUCCACGAGAAUUACGUGUCCCUGAAUCUGGCCAAUCAAAAGACUUCGACUGUCUCCCACUAUAAAAUCUAUCAAGCUCUGACGUCACUGAAGAAAAAUUCUCCCGUACUCGAGCAAGGCAGCACAAAGACUAUUGUUCUUAACAACAACAAAGUCCUGGCAGUGAUUCGAGAUCAUCGAGAGGAACAAGUGAUGCUGUUGAUCAAUUUCGACGACAGCGUUGAGCAGAUCGUUGAUUUAAGCGAACAAAUUGCGAACAACAAUACCUUACUGUCAGUCGCCGUAGCAAGCUCAGAUUCUGCCGUAGAAGCAGGAAUCACACUGGAUCCAACUGCCGUGGGACUUCCCGCAAAGGCUUCCUUGGUACUAGUAUCAAAAUUAAAUUCAACGCCCGAACAAGAUAAUACAACUAGUACAACGGAAGAACCCUCUGGACCCACCGAGGGUUCAUCAACAUCAUCAGCCAUCACAAUAAUUCCUUUGAACCUUCUGAUCUUCGCAUCGAUCCUCGAAUGUACACGUCAGCCCAGAUAAAUAUUAAUAUUCACGCGUCGCUUUUGAGCCGCUAUGAAAUUAAAAGCCAAAAAAGCUACCAAUCAUCUGAUAAGAUUCUGAUCUUGAGCUACCCAGCAAAGCGUGAAGUCACGCAUGAUGAACGUGGAAUUGGAAUUAUUCAAACGUACCUGGGGAGGGUAGAAGCCUGAGUGUGUAAUUAUUCAAAUAUGUUUGAAUAAUUCCAAUUCCGCCCCUGGCAUCGGCAACUGUUUAACUUGCGAUGCUCGUAUCUCACGACAAGUUUUACUUCAAGGAGCUUGACACUACUUAUUCGAAAAUUCCACGACAAGAGCUACAAGAAUAUGCAAUGAAGAUUAGGGGAGUCUGAUUAAAAAAAAAAAAAAAAAAAAAA